AGAUGACUAAUACUGAGAGAAAUAUUGAUUUAUUCCAGGAUAUCGCUAAAAAAUGUUUUUAUUUACUCGGUUCAGGCUUAGUGGAAUGUACUGAUAUACUUGAAGCUUUCCAUUUAAUUCAAUUAGGUAUGUCAAAUACAGGACCAAAAUUUGCACACACCUUAUUCACAAUCACAUUAUAUCAAGAAUGGACAAUAGAAUCUACUGUUCGACACCGAAUUUCAACAGCCAGUUUUACAGAUUUGGGAAGUAGUGAAAAAGUUUUGAUCUAUGAUAACAAUAGACUUGUUCAGUCUGUACCAACUGAUCCAGGACUUAUGGCCUUACAACAAUGUAUCAAUGCGCUUUCUGAACCCCAUUAUUCAAAUUUCAAUAUCAAUAAUAUUCCUUAUGAUCAAUCUGUCUUAACAAAAUUAUUGAAAGAUUCUUUUGGUGGUCGCUCUAAAACAGUAUUAUUAUGUACUGUAUCUUCUUUUAUAGAAGAUUUUGCAGAAUCUUUAUAUACUUUACAGUUGGCACUAAGGUCACAGGCUAUUAAGAAUUUUGUCACUGUUAAUUCAUAUACAAUGUACCAAAAUAUUGAAGAGGAUUCAGAUGUUUUCAGUCUUCAAUUUGCAGCCAAUCAAUUGCUUAAAUUAGUUAAAAAUGCAGAGGAAUUGUUCCAAAAGGUAUUAACAAAUUCAGCAUUACCCAAAAGUUUAUUAGAACAGAUAUCCCAUUGGUUAACUUUCAAACAAGAAUGCGAGGAAUGCUUAAAUGACAACUGUGAGCCUCAUAGAUCAUUAGAUAUAAUUGAAGAGGAAGAAGCUGAGGAUUACAUGAGCUGUAAUACAAUACAUAGUAGUGAUAGUGAAGGAAUAGAUGAAGAACAGGAAGAUAAUUCAGAAAAGAUCAUGGAAAAUUUUGAGGAUUUAUUGAAAAAUUUCUCCUCCCUAACUGAUGAACUUGUUAGUAACUAUUAUCUUGAUUAUUUCGAUGUAAAUGUCAGUGGUAAAGAAAGUUCCUGCAUUUCCAGUACGGAAAAUCAUAUAAACGGAGCUAGAGGUCGUCGAGUUAGCAUACAUUCAUUUGCAGAAUUGAAAAAUUCAGUUUCUAUCAACAACAACAAAAUAUGUGAAGAACUGGAAGUUCAUACUGAUGAUAAAAUAGGUGAAACUGAUAAUAUGACUUAUGAAAUGAAGAAAAAACUUUUGAAAAAAAUUGUAACAGCUAUUCAAGGUUACCAAAAACAAAUUGAAGAUUUACAGAAAACAAUUCAGGUAAAAGAAAAAUUGAUGCAACAAUUGAUCAAGAAUAAAAAUAAAAAUAAUGCUAGGAUGAAACUAGAACAGAAAUGUCAAAAAUUGCUGAAAGAAUAUGAUAAGAUGAUGGCUGCUCUUACUCAAGCUGAAAUAAAUGAAGAUUCCGACUCUGAGAAAAAAUAUCAGUUGAAAUUAACAGAACUCAAGAAAAAAAUCAAAGAUGCGGAAUCUUUGAAAAAUUUGACAGAGGAGAGUAAUAAAAAACUUCAAGAAGUUGAAAAUAGUGUUCAUACAUCCAAAAAACAGUUAGAGAAAUUGAACAAAUGUAAAAGGAAAGAAGAAAAAAGGAGAAUAAUGUAUGAAACUCAACUUAAAGAAGACAAAAAAAAAUUGAAACUAGUCAAGACAGUUUGGAAAUGCAGAAAUGAGGAUCCUAUUAUAUAAUUAUUUCCAAAAAAUUGUAGAUCUAAGGAACAGCACAAAAAAGUUGGAGCUUGAAGUAAUUGAUAUAGAAAAUAAAAAUGAAAAUUUGAGUUGUCGUGUUCAAAAUUUGAGUUAUAACCUGCAACAAGUUCGAUUGGAGUCCGAGAGGCGA